AUGUCAAUUUGUAUGGCGGUGCGUCUUGUUUCUGCCUUUCAUUGCAAGAAUUCCGCAAAAAUAGCAGUAUUUACGUACAAACAAAACAAUUUAAUAACAUUUGUGAAUCAAAUAGAAAGUUUAGUUAAAGUUCCAAAAAUAUUGUGUGCCUACGCAUCGCAGUCGUCUCUGCAAAGGAACAUGAGAUUCGUGUACCCGGAGGCACGGAGGGAUGAGACGGUGGUUGAUGAUUACCAUGGCACGAAGAUUCAUGAUCCGUACCGUUGGUUGGAAGACCCCGACUCAAACGAAACCAAAGAAUUCAUAGAAGCACAAAACAAAAUCACGAGGCCGUACUUGGACGCGUGUCCUGUAAAGGCGGAUAUAAAUGAGCGGCUCACGGAGCUGUGGAACUACCCCAAGUACUCUUGCCCCUUCCGGAGAGGCGAUCGAUAUUUCUUCUUCAAGAACACAGGCCUGCAAAACCAGAAUGUGCUGUACGUGCAAGACAACCUGGAGGGCGAGCCGCGCGUGUUCUUGGACCCCAACACGCUGUCGGAAGACGGCACGGUGGCGCUGUCCGGCACCCGCUUUACGGAAGACGGCGCCACGCUCGCCUACGGUCUGUCGGCGAGCGGAUCCGACUGGAUCACCAUACACUUGAAGGACGUCGCCACAGGUGAAGACUACCCAGAAGUGUUGGAGAAGGUCAAAUUCGCAUCUAUGUCGUGGACAAAGGACAACAAAGGAUUGUUUUAUUCUCGGUACCCGGAUGCGACGGGCAAGGCGGACGGCUCGGAGACGGAAGUGAAUCGCGACCAGAAGCUGUGCUUCCAUCGUCUCAACACGCCGCAGUCCGAGGACGUCGUCGUGGUGGAGUUCCCCGACGAGCCGCUAUGGAGGAUCGGCGCCGAGGUGUCGGACUGCGGGCGCUACCUGGUGGUGUCGCCGGUGCGCGACUGCCGCGACAACCUGCUGUUCUUCGCGGAGCUGGCCAAGCAGCCCGACAUCACCGGCCUGCUGCCGCUCACGCAGAUCGUGCACAAGUUCGAGGCCGACUACGAGUACAUCACAAACGAGGGCUCCGUGUGCAUAUUCCGCACAAACAAAAACGCUCCCAACUACCAGCUCAUCCAGAUCGACCUGCACAACCCUGCCGAGGAGAACUGGAAAACCCUUAUACCUGAACAUCCAAAAGAUGUUUUGGACUGGGCUUCAGCAGUGGACAAUGAUAAACUUGUCAUUCACUAUGUCAGAGAUGUAAAGAGCGUUUUACAACUGCACAGCAUGAAGACUGGUGAAAUGAUACAGACAUUUGACUUGGAUGUUGGUUCCAUUGUGGGAUUCUCCGGUAAGAAGGAGCAAACGGAGAUAUUCUACCACUUCAUGUCUUUCCUCACUCCUGGCAUCAUUUACCACGUUGAUUUUAAAAAGCAGCCCUACAAGCCCACGGUGUUCAGAGAAGUGAAAGUGAAAGAUUUCGAUGCAUCGCAAUAUGAAGCUAAGCAAGUAUUCUACUCCAGUAAGGAUGGCACCAAGAUCCCAAUGUUUAUUGUUUCUAAAAAGGAUCUGCCCCGCGACGGUUCGAACCCGGCGCUGCUGUACGGCUACGGCGGGUUCAACAUCAACGUGCAGCCCAGCUUCAGCGUCACCAGGCUCGUGUUCAUGCAGCACUUCAAUGGUGUCGUGGCGAUACCCAAUAUACGAGGCGGCGGCGAGUACGGCGAACGCUGGCACAACGCGGGCCGGCUGCUCAACAAGCAGAACGUGUUCGACGACUUCCAGGCGGCGGCGCAGCACCUGGUGGCGGAGCGCUACACGCGGCCCGCGCUGCUCACGGCGCAGGGCGGCUCCAACGGCGGCCUGCUAGUCGCCGCCUGCGCCAACCAGCGCCCCGACCUCUUCGGUGCCGCCAUCAUACAAGUCGGCGUAUUAGAUAUGCUGCGGUUCCAGAAGUUUACGAUCGGACACGCAUGGGUGUCAGAUUACGGCAGCUCGGAUAAUAAGACGCAAUUCGAGUACUUGCUCAAGUACUCUCCCUUGCAUAACAUACAACCACCUGAUAACGCGGGGCGCGCGCAGUACCCUGCGACGCUGGUGCUGUCGGCGGACCACGACGACCGCGUGGUGCCGCUGCACUCGCUCAAGUACAUCGCGGCGCUGCAGCACGCCGUCACGCGUGCGCCGCAGGAGCGCCCACUGCUCGCGCGCUUCGACACCAAGGCGGGCCACGGCGGCGGCAAGCCCACUGCCAAGCUGAUCGAAGAACACACGGACAUCCUUUGCUUCAUGACGCAAAGCCUUGGGCUCAAAUUCGUGAAGUGA